GCGAAUGUGAUAUAUAAAAAACUAGAGAGGGUGGAAGCAAGCUGCAUUAUUGUAUUGUAUUUUGCAUCAGCGAUUAACAAAUAAUUAAAGUCAAAGGCUUUUUUCCCUGUUUCUUUGGUAGAAAAAGUGAAGGACAAAUAACAGAGCAGACAGAGAGAGAGAGAGAAGGAGAGAGAGAUUUCACUAAAUUAUACUAAAAGAUUUAUGUUUUUGUUUUGCUGGCUUCAAAUCCAUCACUGUCUAUUUUGUACAGGUUUCAUAACCUUGUUCUAGUUCGUAUUUUUUCCCCUUUCUCGCUUGCCCUUUUUGCUUUGGUGAAAGAGAGGCCUUGAGAACAAAGUUCUCGCUUUCAAAAUUGGAGCUUUUUGGUGUUUGAUGUUUGAUCUCUGAGCAAGAGCCUUGUUUUCUAAUCUGGGUGUGUUGGUUCUGCUUUGCUGGCUCGAUAUGGCUGUGGAGAACCAAAGGGGCCAUUUGGGGAAUGAAGAUGGGGGUAACGAUCCUUUUCCCGUGGGUAUGCGUGUUCUUGCUGUGGAUGACGAUCCAAUUUGCCUCAAGGUGUUGGAGAAUCUCCUUCGCAAAUGCCAGUAUCAGGUUACUACAACUAAUCAGGCAGCUGAGGCUCUGAAGAUGUUGAGGGAAAACAGAAAUAAGUUUGACCUUGUUAUCAGUGAUGUGAACAUGCCUGACAUGGAUGGAUUUAAGCUUCUUGAGUUGGUGGGACUUGAAAUGGACCUACCUGUCAUAAUGUUGUCAGCACACAGUGAUACAAAGCUGGUGAUGAAGGGUGUUACACAUGGGGCGUGUGACUAUUUGCUGAAACCUGUUCGAAUGGAAGAGUUAAAGAACAUAUGGCAACAUGUAAUCCGAAGAAAGAAUUCUGAUGGCAAGGAUCAGAAUAAGAGUUCCAAUGAGGAGAAAGCUCCUAAUAUUGCUGGGGAAGGUAGUCAAGGCCUGAGAUCAGAAAACAGUGCUGACCAAAAUAAAAGGCUCGGUAAAAGAAGAAAGGACCAAAGUGAGGAUGAAGAAGAAGAUGGGGAAGGGAAUGGAGAUGAGGAGGACCCCUCAGCACAGAAGAAACCUCGUGUAGUUUGGUCUGUUGAGCUGCAUAGGAAAUUUGUUGCUGCAGUUAAUCAACUGGGCCUAGAUAAGGCUGUUCCUAAGAAAAUACUUGACCUGAUGAAUGUUGAAGGGCUUACAAGGGAAAAUGUGGCAAGCCAUCUUCAGAAGUAUCGACUCUAUCUGAAGAAGGCAGCUCAGCAAGCUAACAUGGUUGCUGCAUUGGGUGGUAGCGAUUCUUACCUACGUAUGGGUUCAAUAGAUGGAUAUGGAGAUUUUUGCACCUCAUCUGGAACUGGAAGGAUCUCGAACUCAACAUUACCGUCAUAUGCAUCUAGUGGUAUUUUUAGUAGGCUGAAUUCCCCAGCUGGCUUGAACAUGAGAGGAAUUAGUUCUUCUGCGCUUAUCCGGCCUGUUCAGUCUCAAAACAUUAACAGCUCCUUAAACACGCUAGGGAAUAUUCCGCCGUCCAUGUUUCCUGCAAACCAAAGCUCAGGUUUAUUACAGGGCAUUCCAACAUCAAUUGAGCUUAACCAAUCCAAGCAAAGCAACUGUGCAACUGGAAUAUCGCCGUUAAACCAAGUUGAUUCAAGUGGAUUUACAGUUGCUUCCAGCUUCCCAGAUAGCAGGGCUACUGUUAAUGGUUCAAACAAUUCUCUACCAUGCGUCUCAAAUAAUCGUAUAAUGCUACAAGGAAAUCCACAGCAAACACAUAGCCCAGGAGCAUUUAAAAAUCAGCCUUCUGUUAGAGCGGCUUCUUUAAGUGCAGAACCUUUUGACAUGGGCGUGUGUGGCUCUUCUAAUUUGUUGGAUUAUAAUCGGUGUAAUGAAAACUGGCAGAGUGCAGCUCAUUUGUCUAAAUUUCCUGCCAAUUCUUUGCCACUGUGUGAUGCUUUUGGCAAUGACCAACUGCCCCCCACUAGCAUAAAUGUUUCCAACUCAACUACUCAUAUCGGUAACAGUUCGGCUGAUUUUUCUUCCAGAAUGACAAUUCCUGUUUCUUUGGACGAUGCCAGAAAUGAACUGCGGUGCCAAGAAGGCUUGAUUGGGAAUAUUGUACAGCCUUCAAGCUAUGCAUCCCAACAAAGAUGGGAAGAAAGGUUGGACUAUAACCAAAGCAUGAAUCGUCCCUUCAACCCUGGGAACUCACAUGCUUCUUCCAGUGGAGUGACAAGUUCCAUGGGCCAUGGUUUAAACCAGAAUAAUACAAAUUGUAGCAAUAGAAUUGAUGCAUCUUUGGUUGGCAACCUGAAUGGGGCAACCCCGUCAAUCACCCGGUGCACUGAAAUUGAGAAGAUGUCUUCAGACAUUCGACUGAAGUCAAAUGAGGCCUACAUUUUGGAGCAAAUGAAGUCCCAAGAUGGAUUUAUGCAGAACACUUUUAGUACCUUGGAUGACCUAAUGGGUGCAAUGGUCAAAAGGGAGCAGAAUGAGUUGACGUUGCUGGAUGGAGAAAUUGGAUAUGAUGCCUACCCCGUUGGAUCAUGUAACUGAUUUCUUAUUCAGCGAGAAUCCAUGAGCUUUAAAAUCGUGAAACUUGCUUCUGUCUCUGGAGCCAAUUUGAUUGUGUAGUUUCUUUGAUGUACUUAUUUUUAUGUUCUGCUACUAAAUUUAUUUUAAUUGCCAACAUUUUGCUCUUUCACUAAUGGACUUAUUGUUAGCCAUCUGAUCCUUUUCGUCUUUUUUCAAUCUUCUAGUGUAUCCACAUAAAACGUUGUCUUUGUCUUGUUAGACAAAAUAAUUGUGAAAUGAAUGUGUUUUAGUUCUUAA